CAGGAAAAUGAUCUCUGUAACUUUCAUUUUGAUUUGGAUUUGAUGUCGUGGGACUCAGAUCUUUGGAAUAUUACAGGCCAUGCUUAUGCAGAUGCAAGUGUGAAGACAGAACCCUUAUCACCAGCCACUUCAAAUUGUUCGGUCCCUUCUCCGUCGUCUGUGGACUCUCCAGUACAGAACGUGCCUGAUGAUGUGGACUUCAGCUGUAGCUCCCAGAUGUCUCCCAUCUCUCUCUACGGCAAGCGCUGCAAAAGCCCUCCGUCCCCCGAAGGAGAUGGAGGGAAGAAGCCUGCUCUCAGCAUCACUUCUCGGUCUGGUAGUAAUUGUGCGAGGACCCUGAAGAGAUGUGGUCAGACAGCAUCCAGGCCUUCGAUACAACCCAAACCCCUUCUUCCUGCUGUACCUGAGGCUCCGGCUAACAUUGGCAUCCCAGCUAAAACCAUCAUUAUCCAGACUCUUCCCACGCUUGUGCCACUGCCAAAGCAUCAGCCGGUUGUUAACAUCCAGCCAGCGCCACCUAAAGCUCAAUCAGUGGUGCUCCCCCAGCCCGCUGUGGUACAGCUCCAGGCUUCUGGGGUGCUUCCUGCCUCCCAGCCAGUCAUUGCCGUCACCGGAGGGACCACGCAGCUUCACAACCAUGCAGUGAAUGCCUUGCCUCCAGCUGCUGGGAACGGCUCAACGAGCGUCAGAAUACCAGUGACGAAGCCCUUGCUCCAGAGCACCGCGCCAGCAGUGGGGCUGGAUGUCAAUGUCUUGAGAAGACAGCAGCGCAUGAUCAAAAACCGUGAGUCAGCCUUUCAGUCACGGAAGAAAAAGAAGGAAUACAUGUUGGGACUGGAGGCAAGGCUGGAGGCAGCCUUGUUGGAGAACGAGAAACUUAAGAAAGAAAACAGCACACUGAAGAGGCAGUUGGAUGAAGUAGUAUUAGAGAACCAGAAACUCAAAGUAUCAUCUCCAAAGAGAAGGACCCUGUGUGUGAUGGUGAUAGUGGCUUUCAUAAUGUUGAAUUAUGGUCCACUGAGUGUGUUGGAGGAGGAUGUCCCCGGCCAGGCUCCUUGCUUCUCCACUGCCACCUUCCAGCUGAGCUAG